AUGUCUGUCACUGAGGAAGAUCUGUGUCAUCACAUGAGAGUAGUUGUCCGUGUGCGUCCUGAGAACACAAAAGAAAAGGCCUCUGGAUUUCAUAAAGUACUCCAUGUUGUGGAUAAGCAUAUUCUUGUUUUUGAUCCCAAACAAGAAGAAAUCAGCUUUUUCCAUGGAAAGAAAACUAUGAAUCGAGACAUUACAAAGAGACAAAAUAAGGAUCUUAAAUUUGUAUUUGAUGCUGUUUUUGACGAAACUUCAACUCAGUUGGAAGUUUUUGAACAUACUACUAAGCCAAUUCUUCGUAGUUUUUUGAAUGGAUAUAAUUGCACAGUACUUGCAUAUGGCGCCACGGGAGCUGGAAAGACCCACACAAUGCUAGGAUCACCUGCUGACCCUGGAGUGAUGUAUCUAACAAUGCUGGACCUUUACAAAUCCAUGGACGAGAUUAAAGAAGAAAAAGUAUGUAGUACCGCAGUUUCUUAUCUGGAGGUUUAUAAUGAACAGAUUCGUGACCUCUUAGUAAAUUCAGGGCCACUUGCUGUCCGGGAAGAUGCCCAAAAAGGGGUGGUUGUUCAGGGAUUGACUUUACAUCAGCCCAAAUCUUCAGAGGAAAUUUUGCAGUUAUUGGAUAAUGGUAACAGAAACAGGACACAACAUCCCACUGAUACAAAUGCUACAUCUUCUCGUUCUCAUGCUGUUUUCCAGAUUUAUUUGAGACAACAAGAUAAAACAGCAAGUAUCAAUCAAAAUGUCCGAAUUGCCAAGAUGACACUCAUUGACCUGGCAGGGUCUGAAAGAGCCAGUGCUACCAGCGCUAAAGGGACCCGGUUUAUAGAAGGCACAAAUAUCAAUCGAUCACUUUUAGCUCUUGGGAAUGUUAUCAAUGCCUUAGCAGAUACAAAGAAAAAGAAUCAGCAUAUUCCUUACAGAAAUAGUAAGCUCACUCGCUUGUUAAAGGAUUCUCUCGGAGGAAACUGUCAAACUAUAAUGAUUGCUGCUGUUAGUCCUUCCUCUGUGUUCUACGAUGACACAUACAACACUCUUAAGUAUGCUAACCGCGCAAAGGACAUUAAAUCUUCUUUGAAGAGCAAUGUUCUUAACCUUGACAAUCAUAUAACUCAGUAUGUAAAAAUCUGUAAUGAACAGAAGAAAGAGAUUUUAAUGUUAAAAGAAAAACUAAAGGCCUAUGAAGAACAGAAAGCCUUUACUGAUGAAAGUAGCAAAUUAAUGAUUUCAAACCCUCAGAAAAAAGAAAUUGAAAGAUUUCAAGAAAUUCUGAACUGCUUGUUCCAGAAUCGAGAAGAAAUCAGGCAAGAAUAUCUGAAGUUAGAAAUGUUGCUUAAAGAAAAUGAACUUAAAUCAUUCUAUCAACAACAGUGUCAUAAACAAAUAGAAAUGAUGUGUUCUGAAGACAAAGUAGAAAAGGCCACUUGCAAAAGAGAUCACAGACUUGCAAUGUUGAAAACUCGCCGCUGCUAUCUAGAGAAGAAAAGGGAGGAAGAAUUGAAGCAGUUUGAUGAGAAUACUAAUUGGCUCCAUCGUGUCCAGACUGAAAUGGGACUCUUAGGUCAAAAUGGUAGUAUUCCAAAGGAGCUCAGUAAAGAACUUCAUUGCCACCAUCUGCACCUCCAGAACAAAGAUUUGAAAGCACAAAUUAAACAUAUGAUGGAUCUAGCUUCUCUUCAAGAACAGCAACACAGACAGACAGAAGCAGUAUUAAAUGCAUUACUUCCGGCCCUAAGAAAGCAAUACUGUGCUUUAAAAGAAUCUGGCCUGUUAAAUGCUACUAUUGAGGCUGACAUCAAAGAAAUUGAACAUUUGGUCGAGAGGAAAAAAGUGGUGGUUUGGGCUGAUCAAACUAGUGAACCUGCAAAGCAAAAUAAUCUACCAGAAGUUUCUAUUCUUAUGACCUUCCCACAACUUGGACCAGUUCAUUCUUCUCCUUGUUGCACAUCUCCAGGUGAAUCUAAUCUGCUUAAAAUUCCUUCACAAAAAAGAACCCGAAGAAAAUUAAUGCCUUCUCCCUUGAACAUAAAACAUACCCAAACGUCUGUAGAGUCUGAAAAUAUGCAGCUUAAUGAUUCCCUCAGCAAAGACCUUCAGCCCAUUGUGUAUACUCCAGAAAAUUGUAGAAAAACUUAUCAAAAUCCAUCUACAGGGACCUUAUUAAAACCAUUACAUACUACCAGUUUUCAGACCAUCAGCUCAAAUAUAAACAGUGAUAAUUCUUUGAAAAUGUUGUAUGAAGUAGAUAUCCCUCUCAGCAUGAGAAAAGAACAUGGACAGGAGGAUUUAAAGUCUACAUUUCUUAUAUGUGAAGAUACCAGAAGCUUGGAAAGUGAACUACCUGAACAAGAAUCCCUACCAAACAAUAACAUUUUGCAAAGGCUUGCCCCUUCUUCAAUCUCAACCAAACAUCCUCUGCCUAUACCAAGCAUAGAACCAUCCUACAUGGCAAUGACUGCUGCUGCCAGAAGGAAACGGAAACUAGUAAGCUCUGCAUCAAAUACUUCAUUAACUGCUGAGUUAAAUUCUGGAUCUGCCAAGCGUGUUCAUCAAGAUAAUUCAAGUGAUAAGCACUUACAAGAAAACAGACCAACUAUGGACUAUAAAAGAAACAUCCAUAAAAUAAAGCCGAGCAUGGUUAGAAAGUUUGGAAGAAGUAUUUCAAAAGGAAAUCUAAGAUAA